AUGUCAGAAGAAGAGCCGCUAACGUCGAAUGUGCGUCCCGCAACCGAUGCGCUUAUAACCGUGAGAAUUAUUAAAUCCUUUCCUUAUCGUAAUGUGAAAAAUCUAAUAAUCAAAGACAUUGAUUUGAAGAGCACAACACCUGCGCAACUUUUCACCAAAGUGAUUACGGAAAUAAAUACUUUAGGAGCAUUUAGGCCUUUUAGAAACGUAGUUUAUGAUUCGUUAAAAAUAUACUCUCAAGCGCAUGGAUCCAAGUCUAUGAAUUUGGUUAUUAAUUUUGAUAACGACAAAGAUUUGGUUCUUUUAGAAAAGGGGGAAAGUAUAUCGGAUAAGGGAUUAUGGGACUUGGGAGUUCGAAAUGAAACCGAGAUCAGCAUUUUCAAUUGGGAAGAAUAUAUCGAAUAUAAGAAGAAUCCUAAAGAGGAAUGGUAA